GACCUUGUUCAGAUAAAUAUCCCACAGAGUCAAAUUGCUCUUCAUUCUCCAAGAAGACGAGACCACAACCAGUAGCCAAAGCAAAAUGGCUCCUCAUCUUGCAACAGCAGGAGGACUUCUGUUGCUUUUCUCCUUCUCAUCAGCACAAAUCCAAGUAGAAAACCUCACAUCAUGCACCCCAAAUGAUGGCUUUGGAAAGUACUGUCCAACUGCAUGUGGAGUGGCUGAUUAUCUGCUGAGUGAACUUAAGGAUCUAAUUUCAUCCGACGAGAAAAGACUGGCAGACCUGAAACAACUCUCUAAUCAGCUGAAGCAGAAAUGCAGUAAUCCUUGCGAAAAUACAGUUCAGAUCCAACCCAUCACAGGAGCAGACUGCCAGGAUAUUGCGAACAAAGGUGUUAACACCAGUGGUAUUUACUAUGUGAAGCCAGCAAAAGCCACUGAGCAGUUCCUGGUCUAUUGUGAGAUUGACAACUUUGGACGUGGCUUCACAGUAAUACAGAGGAGACGUGAUGGCAGUGUGGACUUCAACAAGAACUGGAUCCAGUACAAGGAGGGCUUUGGUUAUCUUGCCCCAAACAACAGAACUGAGUUCUGGCUCGGCAACGAGAAGAUCCAUCAGCUGACUGCCAGUUCGAUCAUCCCAACUGUGCUGAGGAUAGAGCUUGUUGACUGGGAGGGCAACAAAAGGUAUGCAGAUUACAACAUGUUCAGACUGGGACCAGAGGUCGACAUGUACCGUCUGACCUAUGGUUACUACUUUGGCGGUGAUGCAGGAGAUGCUUUUGAUGGCUUUGACUUUGGAGAUGACCCCAGUGACAAGUUCUACACAUCACACAAUGGCAUGCAGUUCAGUACCCCUGACAAGGACAAUGACAAGUAUGACGGCAACUGUGCUCAGCAGGACGGCUGCGGCUGGUGGAUGAACAGAUGUCAUGCUGCAAAUCUGAAUGGCAAAUACUACCAGGGUGGCAGGUACACAGAAAAGGAUGCAGGUGAAUACGGCUACGACAACGGCAUCAUUUGGGUCACAUGGCACAACCGCUGGUACUCCCUCAAAGAGACCACUAUGAAGCUCAUUCCGCUCAGCCGCAUCACAGCAAAGCAGUGAAACUGUUUGCACAUGGAGUAGACACGCGUUUGUGGUCUUUACUUAUUGUGUUCAGUACAAUAACCCUGAAAACACUUAAGAUUAAAUUAAAUGUCUCCAUGGAUAAUUUCUGACUUCAUGGUGCCAACAUGACCAAGAAAGAGAAUUCCAAGUGAAAUAAAAGAUAACAUUGUUCAUCUUUA